GGUAAGGCCUGGGCGGGGCUCAGCCGCCGGGGCGGGGCCUCGUUGGGGGCGGAGCCUGGGCCGCAGGGCCCGGCGCGCCUCUUUGGCUGCGCAGCUCUGGGCGGGCGCCUGAAUCCCUCCGCGGACUCCGGCGCGGGUCGGGAUCGGGGUCGCGGCGGCGCCAUGGUGCUGUGCCCGGUGAUCGGGAAGCUGCUGCAAAAGCACGUGGUGCUGGCCAGCGCCUCCCCGCGCCGCCAGGAGAUCCUCAGCAACGCAGGCCUCCGGUUCGAGGUGGUCCCUUCCAGGUUCAAGGAGAAGCUGCCCAAGGCCUCGUUCCCCACCCCGCAUGCGUACGCCGUGGAGACCGCCAAGCAGAAGGCCCUGGAGGUGGCCAGCAGGAUGUACCAGAAGGACCUGCGAGCCCCCGACAUCGUCAUCGGCGCAGACACCAUCGUGGCAGUGGAGGGGCUGAUCCUAGAGAAGCCCGUGGACAAGCAGGACGCCUACCGCAUGCUGUCCAGGCUGAGCGGGAAGGAGCACAGCGUCUUCACCGGAGUGGCCAUCGUCCACUGCUGCAGCCACGACGGCCAGCUGGACACGCACGUGUCGGACUUCCAUGAGGAGACCCGGGUGAAGUUCUCGGAGCUGUCGGAGGAGCUGCUGUGGGAGUACAUUGACAGCGGGGAGCCCAUGGACAAGGCGGGCGGCUACGGCAUCCAGGCGCUGGGCGGCAUGCUGGUGGAGCACGUCUGCGGGGACUUCCUCAACGUCGUGGGCUUCCCGCUGAACCGCUUCUGCAAGGAGCUGGCGCGGCUGUACUACCCGCCCCGGGCCCAGGACGUGCAGCGGCUCAAGCACGACUCCAUCCCCGCCGUGGACACCUUCGAGGAUCUGAGCGACGCCGAGGGUGGCGGCCCGGACCCUGCUGGGAGCCACGAGGGCGGCCGUGGUGGCGAGAAGGUGGGCGAACGGCCACAGGCUCUGGGGGCGCCACACGCCGAUCUCAACGGGGCGGCAGAGAACCGGCCGCCUUUCCCCACCGGCCUCCUGGAGCUGAUGGACGCCUUCAAAGCAUCCAAGGCGCUGUUCACGGCUUGCAAGCUCCAGGUGUUUGACGUAUUACAAGACCAAGGCCCCCUGAAGGCUGCGGACGUGGCCCGCAGAAUAGACGCCUCCACGGGCGGGACCGAACGGCUGCUGGAUGCCUGCGUGGCCCUGGGCUUACUGGACAGGACGGACAGAGGUUACAGCAACACGGAGGCGGCCACGCUCCACCUGGUGUCGGACGGCGAACACUCCCUCCACGGCCUCGCCGUGUACCACGACGACCACGUGUGGGACCUCCUGACACACCUGGACCGGGCCGUGCGGGAGGGAGCAGGCCCGACCCACAGGGCGCUGGGGGCGAUGCAGGCGGAACCCCUGUGUCAGGACGCCCCUCACGAGGGCGCAGAGGGGACGCUGCGGUUCAUGAGGGCCGCGCACGGCCUCGGCACGCUGACCGCACGCCACGUGGCCACGGCCUUUGACCUGUCCCGCUUCAGCUCCGCCUGCGACCUGGGAGGCUGCACAGGCGCCCUGGCCCGCGAGCUGGCCCAGGAGUACCCACGUCUGCAGGUGACCGUGUUCGACCGCCCGGAGGUCAUCGAGCUCGCCGGGCGCUUUCAGCCCGAGGGACCCCAGACGGGGCGGAUCCGCUUCCUGCCAGGUCACGUUUUCCAGGACGCCCUCCCGGAAGCAGACCUCUACGUCCUGUCAGGAAUCCUGCAGGACCUGCCAGGCGACAAAGUGAACGAGUUACUGAGCAGGAUCUCAAACAGCUGCAAACCAGGCGGCGGCAUCCUGGUGGCAGAAGCAGCCCUGGCCGAGGAGGCGGCGGAGGCGGUGGCGCCGGCGCGGAUCCCCCGGCUGCGGACCCUGAGCCCCAGCGACCACCAGCAGCUGCUGCGGCGACACGGCUUCCGGGAGGUGCAGGUGGCGCGGGCGGGGGCGCUGCUGCGCGUGGUCCUGGGCACCCGGGCCGCGCCCUGAGGGUCGUCCCGACGGAAGUGAAGGUCUCUUCGAGGCAGGGGGCGGGGGGGGGGGCGUUAAAGGACACAGAAAGCACGGCGCUCUCGGCCCGCGUCUGUGCGGCUCUGUGCGCGGGGGACGCGUAGGCCCCGCGCUCCCUCUCAGCGCCGGAGGACGCCAGGGGCGUCCAGAGCCUGUUUCCCAAUCCUGCCCGUUUGGAGCGAGUUCCUCCCGCGCUCUUUCGGCUGCCAUGUGGGCGGCCUGUUCAGUGGUUCCCAUCGCUGACCCUCGGCCGGUCACUGUGGCCGCAGGACCCACCUCCGCCCCCACCCCACAGCGCACACCGGUGCCCAGGAUGGUGGCCAGAUGCUCGUUUGUUGGUAAGGGACCCACGGGAGUCUGUUUUGCGCUUCAGCAGCGUAGCUAUUUCUUCAAGGGGAGGCCCGUGCAAAACCUUUUGUGCGGCGGUCACGUGGAGGCUGUUAGACUACACGUUCUUGUCUGAAGAGUCCCAGGGGAGGUCCUUUCUAACAGGGCCCCUGUGGGUGUCAACACAUCACCUGCGCUUUCCAGAGCCAACCACAGACUGUUAGACACAUAACGUACAAGACGGGAGACACAGACAGUUUUCUGUGUGUCAGAAGGGACUUUAUCGAAAUAGAACGUGAACCAUGUGAGUUUUACAUGCAAACGGAAAGAUGUAUAUUUGUAACUUAAAGGAUAUUAUAUACACAUACACACAAGUAUAUCAUUUUGUACAGGCGCCAAUUAUUGAAAAAAAAAAAAUCGUGUCUCCGCGGGAGGCAGGGAUCGAGGAAGGAAGUGAAACCCUGACUCUAGAGGGAGCCUGGCCGUCGAGGGGGAGUGCCCUCUGCUCUCCCCGUGGGAUGGAGAAAAGAGAGCGCUCGAGGCCCCUCGGCCCCCUGGACCCUGUAAGGAUGGACCUACGGCUUCUGUGAAGCAGCAGCCACUCGUCCUGGAGCGCAGAGCGGAGGCUCCGCCCACCCCAGGUCCCCGCCCCUCACCUGGGCGCGGGCUGGGCUCCCGGCAGGGCCACUUCCGCCGCGAGGCGGAGCUGGGGUGACCCGUGCCCGUCCCCUUGGGCCACUUCCGUCAGCCUCCUUCCUCUCCCCGGGAGGAGAGGUGAGUCACGGCGGGUACCUUUGUCUCGCCAAGGGCACCUUGUUUCACCCUGGCCAGGUCCCCUGGGAUGACAAGUGACGAGUCCGGGGCUCUUGGAAGGCCUGCGUUCAGGCCCGCUUGGGCGCCCGGGGAUGUCUGGACACGGGGUUUGCUAGAAGAAAGCCCAUAUCUAACCAGAGGUGCCAGGGCGCCCGACCCGGGGACACCCAGCCCACCUUUGUCCUGGUCGCCAGAGCCCUGCGGGCUGGAGGCGGCGAGGCUGCUGCAGGCUCUGACCCCGAGUUCCCCCACCCACGACGGUGCCCUUAAACCAAGGACACUGGAAUUCCCGUCGUGGCUCAUCAGGGUUAAGAACCCACCGGGAGGCGCGGUUCCAUCCCUGGCCUCGCUCAGUGGGUCACGGAUCUGCAAGCUGCAGUAUAGGUCGCAGAUACUGCUCAGAUCCGGUAUUUCUGCGGCUGUGGUGUAGACCAGCAGCUGCAGCUCCAGUUUCACUCCUACCCUGGGAACUUCCGUGUGCUGCAGGUGUGGCCCCCCCCAAAAAAAACCCCAAAACUAGGACGCUCUGGAGGGAGACCCGCCCAGGUGGAGAGUAAAGGGUCGAUAACGUUUGUGGAAGCGACAAUGUGCCUGGGGCUUCUGAUAACUCAUUGUCUUUUGCGUGCUGGAACUGCUUGCAUUAAAGUUUUUUUUUAAAAAAACGUGA